AUGUCUGUUUUAGACAGCAGAGCAGGAGGUCAUACAUAUAUGUCAAAACAAAAGAUUACAAUGACUUUUGGAUCUGGUAAGGAGAGUACCUUACCAAGCGCUCCACGUAGCACCUAUGAGGACGAGCAACAACAACAACAAGGCGGCAACACCUUUUCACCAAAUGGUGGAGGUGGUGGCUACCGUCGUCCAUACGGAAGCGACAGAGACAAUGGUCCACGUGGGUACGGUGAGAACCGUUUCGAGCGUGACGGUCCAUCAUCGUCGACCUUUUCCUCUUCUUCAUCGGGUGGUGCCAACAAGAAGCCACCCACUGAAGACGACUUCCCAGCUUUGGGUGGUCUCUCUGUCUCCAAGCCAAAGAAGGAGCGUACCCCACAACCAACCAGACGUGAGGGUGGUUCCGAUCCAUUCGGCGGUGCCAAGCCACGUGGUGACUCUGAGAACCGUGGUGAUGAAGAAAAGAGAGAAGGUGGUGAUGACUCUUCAAGAGGUAGCGAGGAACGUGACCAAGAACAAGCUCCACGUGGAGGAGAAGACAGAUACGAUGACAGACGUGGUGGAGGCGAUCGUUAUGAAGACAGACGUGGUGGUGGUGGCGACCGUUACAACGACAGACGUGGUGGAGGUGAACAACAAUACGACUCUCGUUUCAAGGAUGGUGUCAACCCAUUCGGCAGCAACAGAAGAAACUAUGGUGGCGAUCGUGACCGUGGAUACAACAGUGGAGGUGGCAGCAGCUUUGGUGGUGGUGACCGUGACAACAGAGACCGUGGUUAUGGCGGUGGUGGUGGCGGUUAUGACCGUGACAACAGAGACCGUGGAUAUGGCGGCGGUGGUGGUGGCGGUUAUGACCGUGACAACAGAGACCGUGGAUAUGGUGGCGGUGGUGGUGGUUACGACCGUGACAACAGAGACCGUGGAUACGGAGGUGACAGAGGUGGAUACAGACCACAAUACGAGGACAGACCCCCACAACAAAGCAAGGUCGAUCAACUCGACAGCUGGAGAAGCGGUCCACCAGUAGAGACCAACGUCUUUAACAAGAAGUCAUCGAGUGGUCCAAGACGUGACUUUGACGACAACAGACAAGGUGGAGGUCGUGGUUACGACAACAGAGAGCGUGGCAACUAUGGUGGUGACCGUGGCAACUACUCAAGAGGUGGUGACAGAGACAACUACCAAGGUCCACGUGGUGGCGAUAACACCCAACAACCACCAAAAGAAGAAAGAGAAAGAUCACCUGCCAGAGAGUAA